GUCUCCUGAGACUUAAACUGGGCUGGUGCAGAGCAGCCACCCCUUGCUGUCAAUGACGUUCUGUGAGGACGUUUUGAGCCUCCGCACUUCCUGACAUGGGCUUAUUUUAUCAUACGUGUUCCGUGUCUUUCUUGGCUGCUUGCAGGUUUCACUGGAAACACCAGCCUCAGGGAUGCCAAUCUGAUGUGGUAGAGAAAAGCAAGAGAAGGAGGAACACAAGGAUGAGGUUGGAGCAGUCCUUGCCUCUCCUGGGACUCCUGCUGUGUGUGGUCGGCACCGCAGCUCAGGAGGAAUUCCUGGUGGAGAUUUCCGGAACCACGGUGACAAUCACAUGUCCCUUGACCGCAGACAGCAUAACCUGGAAGUUAACAGGGAUGACAGAAGUCAUCCAUGAGAGGAAGUACGUUAUAGAGAAUCACGACAGCUCUCCUACCAACGUGAGUUGUUCGACAGAGGGAAAGAAGUAUGAAAUGUACCUGAAUGCCAGAGUGUGCACAAACUGUGAGGAGCUGGAUGCCUUGGCUGUGACAGGGAUCAUCACUGCGGACCUUCUCAUUACCUUUGGGGUGCUGAUUCUGGUCUAUUACUUCAGCAAAGACAGGAAGGGGAGAGCAAGCGCUGGCGCUGGCAGUCGGCCACGAGGUCAGAAGAUGCAGCGUCCUCCCCCUGUUCCAAACCCGGACUAUGAGCCCAUCCGGAAAGGCCAGAGGGAAGUGUAUGCAGGCCUGGAAUCCAGGGGCUUCUGAAAUUCCCACGGAUGACAGGCUGGAAAACAGCAGCAGAAGGGCUAAGCACUUCUGCCCAGCUCGGUACUGGUUCUCUGCAGGCCUGCUGAGGUCCAGGUGUUUUGGGGUAAGCCAGGUGCCUACACAGGACAGGCACCCUGCUGCCAUCCGCUGUCCCAUCCUGCUGUGUUCCUUCAGCCUUCAGUUUGACAUUAGGGAAAAGAAACAAAUGAGCACGUUGGCAAGAGAAAUAUUCCUUCUCAUUAAAGGACUGCAGCCUCA